CUGAGUAAAUCUGCUCUCUUCCUGAACGCAGCGCACUGCAAAACUGAAACCUCUGACAGAAGCAGGAGCACAUGCUGGCAGGGAGUGACGGGGAAACGGCGCUGUGACACCCAGGAUCAUCUGAAGAGCAGCACGGCCAGCUUUCUGAAGGAGCCCCCGGACCGUGACCUCUGACCCUGAGCCAGAAGCAGAAUGAGCCAGUGGAAGCAGGUCCAGCAGCUGGAGAUGCGGCUCCUGGAGCAGGUGGACUACCUGUACGAUGACAACUUCCCCAUGGACAUCCGGCAGGGCCUGGCCGGCUGGAUCGAGUCCCAGGACUGGGAUUCUGCGGUCAACGACGAGUCGAUGGCUUCGGUUCUGUUCACCAACCUGCAGACGCAGCUGGAGAAGGUCCGAUUGCAGGAGCAGAACUUCCUGCAAAGACACAACAUGAAAAUCAUUCAGCAGCAGCUGCAGAGGAAAUACACCACCAACCCGACAGGAAUGGCCAGAGUCAUCUCCACCUGCCUGCGGGAGGAGCGGCGGAUCCUGGCCACCACCUGCACACAGGAACAGGGCGCGCUGGAGCAGUCGCUGCAGAACUCUGUGGCCUUUGAGAGGCAGAAGAACAUGGACAACCGAGUGAGCAUCAUCAGAAACAGCGUCCAGCUGAUGGACCAGGCGGUGAAAAACAUCGAGGACAUGCAGGACGAUUUCGAUUUCUGCUACAAGACGCUUCAGUCACGAGAAUCGGCAGACAGAACGUCAGAGAUGAUCAAACAGGGAAUAACUCGACUGCAGGAAAUGCUCAACAGGCUGGACUUCAAACGGAAGGAGAUCCUGUCAAAAAUGGACGUAGUGAUCAAAGAGAUCGACGACCUUAUGACCUCUCAGCUGCAACCGGAGCUGCAGGACUGGAAACGCCGGCAGCAGAUCGCCGCCAUCGGAGGGCCGCUGCUGACGGGGCUGGAGCAGCUGCAGAGCUGGUUCACUCUGACGGCCCAGAGCCUCUUCCAGAUCAAACGGCAGCUGGACAAACUGGGAGAACUGGUGGUGAAGGUGACGUACGAGAGCGACCCCAUCCCGCUGCAGAAGCCUCAGAUGGAGGAGCGAGUCAAAUACCUGAUCUACCACCUGAUCAAGAGCUCCUUCGUGGUGGAGAAGCAGCCCUGCAUGCCCACACACCCACAGAAACCUCUGAUCAUCAAGACCGGAGUCCAGUUCACCACCAAAGUCCGACUUUUGGUCAAACUUCCUGAAGUGGAUUAUCAGCUGAAAGUGAAAACAACAUUUGAUAAGGAUCUUCCGGCCGGCAGAGUUCGACAGUUCUUCAUCCUCACCAACAACACUAAAGUGAUGGACAUCGAGGAUUACUCCAACGGCUGCCUCUCCGUCGAGUUCAGACACCUGCAGCUGAAAGAGAAGAAGUACAGCAACGGCACCAAGGGCAACGAGGGCCUGCUCUCUGUGACAGAGGAGCUUCACUCGCUGAGCUUCGAGGCCUGCUUCACCGUGCAGGGCCUCGCCGUCGACCUGGAGACGUGUUCGCUGCCGCUGGUGGUGAUCUCCAACGUGAGCCAGCUGCCGGGCGGCUGGGCCUCCGUCAUGUGGUACAACCUGCUGACCGACGAGCCACGGAACCUGGGCUUUUUCGGGAACCCGCCCCGCGCCAGCUGGAGCCAGCUGUCUGAGGUUCUCAGCUGGCAGUUCUCCACCUUCGCCGGCCGCGGCCUCAACAAGGAGCAGCUGGACAUGCUGGGGGAGAAGCUGCUGGGUCAGCACGCCUCAUGUGGGGAUUACCAAGUGUCCUGGUCCAAGUUUGCUAAGGAGAACAUUCCUGGAAAGCCGUUCAGUUUCUGGAUGUGGCUGGAUUCCAUCCUGGAGCUCAUCAAGAAACACCUGCUGCCGGUCUGGAAUGAGAACUUCAUCAUGGGCUUCGUGAGCAAAGAGAUGGAGCGCGCUCUGCUGAAGGACCGCGAGCCCGGCACCUUCCUGCUGCGCUUCAGCGAGAGUCACCUGGGAGGAAUCACCUUCACCUGGGUGGAGCACAGCGACAGCGGGGACGUAAAGUUCAACUCCGUGGAGCCGUACACUAAGAACCGGCUGAGCGCGCUCCCGUUCGCUGACAUCAUUCGCGACUACAAGGUGAUCUCAAACGGCGGCGUUCCGGAAAACCCGCUCAAGUUCCUGUAUCCCGACAUUCCCAAAGACGAGGCCUUCGGACGGCUCUACAACAGCCAGCCCAGCAAAGUUUAUCCGUACAUCCCGUCAACUCUGAUCCCCAUCUCCGAGCUGCGAUCAGACGCCAGCUCCACGCCGCGCUCCUGCCCGUCUCCAGAGCCGCCCAUGACGCCCGGAGAGUUCGACAUGCUCAGUGAACACCUGUGCUUCGACAUCGACACCAUGAGCUCUUCGUACUCAGAGUGAAUCCUCCAUGUUUCUACACAUCAAACAUAAAUAUCAGAUAUAUUUCAUGUUGUUCUUUCAUCUUUAAAGGAACCAAAAACAUCUUUAAUGUUUUUAUUUAAUGUUGUAAUUUGAGCUCCAAUAUUCCUGAAGUUCUUUGUAAAAAGGUUUUCUAAAUAAAUUUCCUUCUUCAUA